AUGAAAUAGAAUUAAUACAAAAACUUGAAGAUAUAGUUAGAAAACAAAAAUGAAAUCACACUUAAGCAAGAAAUAGGUUCCGGUUCGUUUUCAAAUGUUUAUCUGACAUCUAAUUCAAGUUAUGUUGCAAAAGUUAUGAAUUUAAAUUAUGUACCAUCUCAAAGGUCUUUUAUAAAUGAAAGAAAAUACUACUAAGAAUUAGGUUAGCACUCCAAUAUAGUUUAAUACUUGGGAAGUUAAGAGCUGUAAGGAGGUUCUUUAGGAGUCUUAGUUAUUGAAAACUGUCCUAAAGGAUCUCUUGUAGACAUCAUGUCUAUGACACCUAAGAAUCAAUUAUCUGAAUAGUAAAUUCUCAGAGUUAUAUAUGAAGUAGCAUAGGGUCUAAGCCAUAUACAUAAAAGAAAGCUUAUUCACAGAGAUAUUAAAAUAGAAAACAUAUUAUAUUCAGAGGAAAAUCGUUUUAAAAUUUGUGAUUUUGGAUCUGUGACAAAUAAUUUAGUUCCAAAAAUAAGUAAAUGCAAUAUACAAGAUAUAAAGGAAGAGAUGGACAGAAAUACUACUCCAAUGUAUAGAGCACCUGAAAUCUUAGAUCCACAUAUAUUCCCUGAUUAUCCCAUCAACGAGAAAAUAGAUAUUUUUGCAUUAGGAGUUUUAGCAUAUAUACUGUGUUUUAAAAAACCUCCUUUUGACUCAAUAUUGGGAGCUAUCAGUGGUAGUUGUUUAUGGCCAGAGUUUCCAAUAACCUCCGACGAGUUUCAUAAUUUUAUAAUGAGGAUGCUGUCCAUAAAUCCUGCCGAUAGACCUUCUGCUAAUGAGAUAAUAUAAAUAAUUACCAAGGACUUAAAAUUUGAAUAUAAAUAAGAUGGCAUGAUCGACCCAUACAUAUUUACAAAAUAAGCUUAAAAGGAAGCAAAAGCGAGCUGGCUUUAAAUCAUCAAUGCGAAAUUUAUAGGGGCAUUUUUCGAUACUCAGGGAUGGAUUAAAGGAGCUUUGUAGUAUGAUGAGUAUGGUCCCAAGUAGAAAUAUGUUAGAAAACUCCUUUUGAAGGCAUGGAAAAAAAGGCCUAAAACUGAUAAGUUUUAUAUGCUGCUAUACAAUCAUUGGAAAGAGCACAGAAGCAAUACAAUUAUAAAUUUAAAAAUAUUGAUUCUUUUGCAUAAUUAUUUUAAGAAAGGUCCUCCUGAAGCAAUAAAAAAUCCUGUUGAUAGGAAGAUCAGUCCUGAAAAAAUUUUAGAUGAUAUUCAAUAAAAUUGGUAGAAAAUCAUUCUUGAUGGAGAACUUGUCAAGCCUAAAGACUAAAAAAGAAGUUAAUACACCUGCAACCUUAUUGUUAAUUUAACGAAAUUUCUAUAGACUAAACUUUUGCUAAACUAAAAAUACAGCUAAUAUUUUGAAGGAAAUUUUUCAUUAAAUCCAUUUUUGGAGAGUGCAAAAAAGAAAUUCAAGCCAUUAGAUCCAUUAUUACUCCCUGAUUUGAUUGAAUAUCUUGCAGUGAUUUUAAAAUUUGUUAAUGUUAAUCUAUUGCAUUAGUGCUAACUUUGGAAUAUAUAAGCAACUAUCUCUUUGUCUAUGCUAGAUGAAAUAUACUGCCUCUUAUGCCUCACAAUACACCUUUAUAAAACUUUCAAAAUAUCAACAAACUUCGAGUCUCAUAAAUUUGAUGAAAACGACAUUAGAUAAUUUAUUAAAGCUCAAGAUAUCAACUUAGAAAAAAUAUACAAAUAAGCUUAGCUAUAUUUUUAAAGAUGUUCUUUAAUCACUGAAACUAAACUUCCUAUAGCAACUAUGAUUCCUAAGCUUCCAAAUAAUGUCAUAGAAUAUAUAAAAUAAAUAGAAAUUUUGACAAACAGUGAGCCUGAAUUCAAAAUUUUUGAGCAUCUCAACUAUAAAUAAAAUAUAUAUGGAAUUAAAUUACCUCUGAGCUAUGGCCCAGGAGUUAUUGAUGCUAUUAAAUAAACAGAAAAAUAAUUUGAAAAUGGUAACGUAUCUUCUGUGAAUGCUAUAUCUUCAAAAUAAUAUGAUUCAAAGAGAUCUCCUCAUCAAUAAUAAUUUGAAAACACAAAUUAAAUAACAGUUUCUAACUAAUCGUAACACAAUUAGAGAGCUCACAGUGCUAAUCCAUAAAAAAAUAAAUAAGGUACCUUAGAUUCAGAUGAUUAAAGUGAUGAAGGAGAAUUUAUGAAAGAAUACUAAUAAAAGAUGAGCAAAGCAAUAAAAAGUAGUAAUGAUCAAACUAAAAAUGAAUAUAUAUUUGCUAAAAAACCAGCUAAUAGUAAUGCAUAGCUUCCAGUACACAAAAGCAACAAGCCUUUUAUUCCAAAUCCUUAUUCAAUAAAUGGAAUGGAUAAGUAAUUCCUUGCUUAAGAAAAAAAUUAAAUUAACAGUUUUCCAAACUCUUAAAAGCAUGAUUUUUGGGCCUAACCACAGUAAGCUAAUUAAGAAGUUAUUAAUUUAUUUGAGUAAUUUUAAAACAAUUUACCGAAUGGACAGGCUAUACAAAAUUAAAGUAACUAAAAUGAAGACAUGUUUAAUUAAUUUACAUUUUGGGAUCCUUCACAUCCAAUGCUAGUUGGCUAUUAAAAAGAAAAAGAUGAAAAAUAUGUCGAUAACUCAAAGGGUUAAGGAUUCUUUGAAGCAAAUGAUUUAAACAGAUCAGUUAUUAAAGAUAACAACAAGUGCUAAGAUUUGAUAGAUUUAAAUAUAUUUGAUGAGUAAAUUAAUAUAGAUUUAUUAAAACUUCCUUCAUAAUAGCCACAUGUUACUCAACCAAUAAACAGCAAUCCUUUUGAUUUUUGGUCUAAUAUCAACAAUAAUCUGAUUUAAAAUUUAGAACAAAUGUAAAAAAAUGGCUAAAAUACAAAUUAAAAUAAUGAAGAUCCAAAUAAUAAAUACAAUAACUUUCAAGUAAAUAAUAUGAAUAAUUAGUAAGCAAUAAACAAUCAAAAUGGAUAUCAAAUUAAUAAUUAAAAUAAUUAACAGAUAAACAAUUACCAAGUAAAUAAUUAUCAAUUGAGUAAUUAGAAUAAUUCUCAAGGAAAUAAUUAGAAUAAUUAUAAUUAUCAAUAAUACAAUUAAAAUAACUAUUAAAUAAAUAACUAAAAUAAUUAUUAACUUGAAUAAAAAAAUGUAAAGGCUGAUGACAUUUUUAAUGACUUUGGGUAAUAAAAUAAUGUUUAUGACUACACAAAUGCAAAUAUUAAUAUUAAAUAAAAUUUAUAGAAUAACUUCUAUAUGAAUCAGUAAUAGGUAAAUUAGCUUGAUAACUUUCUUUAAAAUGAGCAAAAUUAAUAAAAAUAAUAGAACCAAUAAAUAUAUAAUUAGAAUUUUUAUAAUUAAAUUUAUGAUUAAUAAAACUAAAUAGGUUAAGGUAAUGUAAAUUAAUAAAAUGAUUUUAAUAAUAAUUAAUUGUAAAACUAAAACUUAACCAAUUAAUAAUUUUAGUAAUAAAUAUAAAACUAAUUAUAAAUGAUUUAUCAACAAUAAUUGUCGAAUAUGCAAGAGUAAUAAUAUAUAUAAAUCAACAAUCCUUUCUUGAACAAAAUCAAUUAAAAUAAUGUAAUUUAAAUAAAUACUUCUCCUAGAAUGUCUCCACCUAAGUAAUUUUAAGAUGAAUCAAUUUAAAAUCCUACUUCUUAUCAAAAUAAAGAAGAAUAGUUAUUAGAUUAAAAAUUACAGCUAUAAAAUCAGAUAAUCUUAUAAUAGUAAUAAGAAUAACCUUAAACACAAAGAAGAAGUAAGAAAUUAAUAGGGGCUGAGGAUAGUAAUGAUGAAGAAAAGCAAAAUAAAAAAGAAGCCCUCUAAAGGUUAGGUAGUGAAAAUAUUCCUGAUGAUGACUGUGAAGCAUUGCGCCCUUUAGAUAGCUUUUUAGGUUAACAAAAAGCUAUGGAUCCUAGCCAACAAAUGAGAAAGAGUAUAUCACCAUUUAAAUCAAAUAAAAAUCAUUUAAAGUUUUAAAAUGAAACUGAACAUGAAAAAGUUGAAAAAGAUUUAGAAUAAUUAAAAUUAGAACAGUGUCAAAGUAAGAUAAGAAAACACCCAGAGUUAGUAAACUAUAUUAAACAUGAAGUAAGCAGUGAAUUUUUUGAUUUUAUUGUUGAUUUUUCUGAAAUUAAGAUGGGAAACAAAAUUGGAAGCGGUAAUAGUUGUGAAGUUUAUAAAGGAAGGUGUAAAAAUAAGGAUGUAGCAAUUAAAGUUAUUAAGCUUGAUAAUUCUGAUGAAUUACAUUUAAAAGAAUUUUAAAGAGAAAUAUAGGCUCUUAUAAAGCUCAAAAACCAUGAAAACUUACUUUAAUUAGUCGCAAUUUCCUCUUAUGAUAAUAAUUUUUAUAUCAUUACAGAGUUUUGUGAAGGAGGAACAUUAUUUGAGCUGCUUCACAAGAAAAAAUAGUAAAUUAAAAUGAUAAAAUGGGAUCACCGAAUUCGUUGGCUCAAAGAUCUUGCUAAAGGAAUGCUUUAUCUCCAUUAAAACAACCUUAUUCAUAGAGAUCUCAAGUCUCUAAAUUUACUCUUUGACAAGCCAUAUGACCCAAAUAGCGAUAACAUACCAACUAUGAAAAUAGCUGAUUUUGGCUUAACUCGUGUAGGAAGUAGCUAAGCUGUACCUUUCUAAUCAGGUGCUCUUGGAACUUUCCAUUGGAUGGCACCUGAAACAAUGAGAAAUCAACCUGUUUCAACACAAGCUGAUGUUUAUUCAUUUGCAAUUGUAAUGUACGAGUUAGCUUCAAGGGAAACUCCUUUCAAAGAAAAAGGAAAUGUUGCUGCAAUAAUAAAAUAUGUCUCUGAAGAAAAAGGUCGUCCGAAUUUGCAAAAGCUACAUUUUGAUACUCCUUAAUUUAUAAUAAAACUGAUGAUAAAGUGUUGGGAUGAAAAUCCCAAAAAAAGACCUAAGUUUGAUUAGAUAAUACAAGUAUUAGAAAAUCCUACCUUAAUGAACUAACUAGCUGACUGA